AUGUUUUCGUGCAAGACUCGGUACGCGUGCGGCCGGAGCCAGCAGCAGCAGCACAGCGACAGCGACGAGGAUGGCAGCUACGGCUUUGGGGCCGUGGGCAACAAAACCAGGGCCGCUGCUACGGCGGUGGGCGGAGGCCAGUCGUCGUCGUACUCCGACGAAGGCGACUAUCACAUUUACGGCAACCUGACGUUCGGCUACAAGCCGAUACUGAAGACGCGGCUGUCGAGCGCGGCGAGUUCGGUGCGCCGGCGCGCGCCCGUCAAGCGGACGGUCAGCUUUUCCGGCGUGCACAGGUCGCCACCGUCACCGCCGUCGCCGAUCAGGCGUCGAAGCAGCUUCCGACCUCCGCCCCCGUGCUAUUCGGUGGCCGUGCGUCGGGCCUCCAGUUUUUCCACCACCCGGAGGGACGUGGCCCAGAUGAUCGCUCAGCGUCAACGCAUGCCGUUGCCCGGCGAGCACGUUUUCACGCGGCCCUUGCCGCCCGCAAACAAACUCGUUUUCUCACCACCCUUGCCGCCGGCAAACGAACGCUUUUUCUCGCCGCCUGCAAACGAACGUGUUUUUACGCUUCCGCCUUCGUCGCUAGACGAACGACGUGUCAUUAAUAACUGCAGCGAUAUUGCGCCACCGAUGACGACUCUUCACACCAGCCGGGUCAUCGUCGACGUUCACAAGACAACUAAUCGCCCGGAAACCACUCCGACCGCGGUCGCUCCCACCAGUUUGGACAAGAGCCCGUCCAAGCCAGUCGACAAUGUCAUUUUGAAAGCGCCCAACGCCACGGACAUUGCUGGUCAGCGGAUGGAUUCUUAUAGAUUCUCGAUGGCGAAUUUAGAAGAUACUCAAGACGUAGACUUAGACGCCGUGUUGGGUGAGUUGUGCGCGUUAGAAUCCCAAUACCAGAGCACGAACAGUCUAUUGGAUUCGGAAAAAAUAGAUUACAAUUCAAUAAACAGGAUGCUGUCAAAUUCAAAUCAAACGGGAACAGUGAGGACAGAUAGUCCGGACAAUGAUUCCGCGUUUUCCGAUUGCGUAUCGUUGUUGUCGAGCAGCGAGAGUUCAGCUUCGAGCGGCACUACCAAUCACUCUGCGGGAAACAAAGAGUCGUCUAAAGCGGAGAAAAUCCGUCUGGCCCUACAAAAAAUGAAGGAGGCCAGUGUGAAGAAACUAUUCAUCAAAGUGUUCAACGACGACGGUGGAGCGAAAUCGUUACUGGUCGACGAGGGUAUGCGUUGUAGUUAUGUGAUGCGAUUGUUAGCCGACAAACAUCACAUUAAUCUCGGACCGCGCUGGGGGCUCGUCGAACAUCUGCCCGACCUUCAUAUGGAACGCGUUUACGAAGAACACGAGUUGCUGGUAGAUAAUCUAAUGCUGUGGACCAGAGAUUCCAAGAACCGUUUAUUGUUCGUCGAGCGGCCCGAGAGGACGUUAAUAUUCGAAAAUCCGUCCUUGUUCAAUACCAGCAAUCAGUCGCUUAGCCACGCGACUAGUAACUUUGCACAAGAAUACUUUUGCAACGGCGGACUUCCGAGCGUCGAGGGACCGCUGUACAUCAAAACGGAUACGAGGAAGGGUUGGAAGAAAUACCACAGCGUGUUAAGGGCUUCGGGGUUGUACUAUUACAAGGACAAGGCGUCGCGAUCGCCGAAGGACCUCGUUUGCCUGGCCACGUUCGACGUUAACCAGGUGUACUACGGCGUUGGCUGGCGGAAGAAGUACAAAGCACCGACCGAACACUGUUUCGCCAUCAAACACCCGUGUCUGCAGCAGCCCAAGUCCACCAAGUACAUAAAGUACGUGUGUGCCGAGGACGAGCGGACGCUGCAAAAGUGGAUGUCGGCCAUACGGAUCGUCAAGUACGGACAACAGCUGCUCGACAACUACGAGUCGGCUCUGGCCGGUGGGGAUGGUGGUGACCCGUCGCAAACUUCGUCCAUGUCGCCGGCGCCGUCGUCGUCGUCCGGGACGUCCCUGCGCCGCAAUGGUUCGAUAAUGGGACGAGGGACGGUGGGACGUGGGUCCGUGGGACUCGACGACGAUGUCGCCGUCACCGCUGCCGCCAUGAUGCUGGACGACACCGAGAGCGGACUGUCGUCGGACUCCGGAGGUUCGUCGUCCGGUUGUGACGUGGCGUUUGAGUCCGACUACCCGCCUUGUGGCACCAUCAAGCGAAAGCCGCCCAAACUGCCGCUGACGGCCACCACGCGUCAGCUCACCUGUUCCGUGACGGAAACGUCGGCGGCAACGGCGUUCGCCGCUGCCACUGCGGCCGCUAAUCAACAAAAACCCGUCAAGUCGGUUAAGUUUGCCGACCACCACCAGCAGCCGUACCAGCACCACCAGCAAAUGCAGUACCAACAGUACCACCACCAACAACAGUACCACCAUCACAUGCAGCACCGCCGGACGCCCAGUCUGGAAUCGUUGCCGCCUCCGCCCCCUGAACUGCUGGUCGACCACGAUGCCGAUGUCGACCAUGAAGACGAAGACGAACUGAUAAACGCAGUGCCACCCCCACCACCCAAGCUUCUUUCGCCGCCCAGCACAGCAUUCCUGGCCGACUUGCACCGGGUCGUCUGCAAGAAGUGGCAAGUGGCGCAAAAGUGCAAGCUCGACACGAAGGCCACCCCGCAUGAAGUGCUCGGGUUCCGGGACCCGGCGCACGGGCUUCAGGUGCAGUUCGCCGACGGUGGUGCAGCCGGCAACAACAACGCGUACAGCCGCGAGGCCAACGUCAGCAACUGGGUGGCCGAACACUACGGGCCCAACAACCUGUACGAAAAUGUGUACCCCAAGCAGCAGCCCGCUCCGGGCUCGGCCGCAUGUUCAUCACCACCGCCACCACCGCCGCCGCAACAGCUGACGGCCCAGCAUCUCCGGCCCACCAACAAGAUCAACAAAAGACCGCCUCCUCCGCCGCCCCCGAGGUCCGAGAAGACGCAACUCACCACCGUCGUCUCGUAACGAUGAGUACCGUUGCCCCGUACUCAUUCCAUUCGUUUUUCUCAUUCGCUUUUUCGUUUUCGUCGCAUAUUCGGCCCGACGCGAUAUCGUUAGUCGUUGUUAGUCGUUUCCGUCUGUAGAGCCGUUUUGUCGCUUCGUGUACUAUACCUACUCAUAUAUUAUUUAUUUUAUUAUUUUGUGCAACCGAAUUGUGUAAUAUUGUUAGAGAUCGGUUUUAAUUCGAUCGGUUUAUAGUAAUAUAUUGUAGUAAUACCGUUGUAGUCAAUAUUGGAAAAAUUAAACCGUAUUUCUUUGGCGGCCGAGGCCCUGGGGUCAUGCUAUGCGUUCUCACACAAUCGAGCAGGUUGCAUCGAAAGCGCAUAACCGUAAUUGUAUUUAUUUCAGCUCCCCCGAUUGAGCUUGUUGUUUUUAAUGGAAGUUGUCAUAAUAUUAUCAUUAUGUUCAUCGCUAAAAUAGAGUACAUCUGUUUAUUUCUAUAAUGGGUUUCAAUUUAGCCAUGAAAUUAAAUAUUUUAAUACUUAACUAUAUUAUUUAAUUAAAUAAAAUAUUAUGUCUAUACAGUUCUAAAUGGCAUAUAUCCAAGAUAUCUAUUCCAAUAUUUUUGUGCAAAAUUUUAUUAUAUUGUCAGUUUUUUUUUAGCAACAAUAAUGUUGGCUUAUUGAUCAGUGGGUCCAUUUAAACAACCUUUCAUUGAAACAUUGUAGCAAAGUCCCAUAGUAAAGCCUCGGUCUAAUUGUUUUUUUUUUUGUUAGUGUCACCACAGUCGUCCAAAGGAGGCAAACAUGGCGCACAGCGUCUUCCUCCACACCUGUGUUUUGCGUUAAUUUAUUAAUUUUUCUUUCUACGAAUAAUAUGUUACUAAAAAGACUGUAUUUUUAUUAUUUUUUUUUUUUUUUGUGUUAAUAUGAAUAAUCAUAAGUGUUUAUAUACCUUUAUACUAUAUUAUGUUUAUUUUUAAUGGUAUUACAAACAUAAUAUUGCAGUUCUGAUAUUGUCUUUGUUGCAAUAGUAUCGUAAAUGGUGCUUAAUUUAUAUAUCUAUAUAAUAAAUACAUAAUGAUAUAUUGUAA